AGGUGUUUAUAAAGGAAUUAUCAUUGAUGAUCAAUACUAUAACGCAAACCUAGCUAGUAGCUAUAGGACAUCCCUGCAAGGAGCCUCACAUAUAGAUGUUGUCUUGAUGUCGCCUUGACAACCAGGUAAAACCGAAACAGGAAGUAGAUCGUGACAAGCUCAGGUUAAGGAUGACGAACAGAUGCCAUAAACUGAGAAAUCUUAUGACAAACAUCGAAACUGGGAAAUAUUCAGAUAUCAGUGAUGUAGAGGCCGCUAAACGAGAACUUUCAAUUAUUUUUCAAGCACUGCCGUCAGUACCACCUAAUGCACAGAGAGAUUUGAUCAAAUUCCUUCAAGUAGCCGAGUCAAAGAGUCCUGGAGAAAUACUUAAAUUCAAGAAACAGUACGAUUUUGUAUCAUAUCACAAAAUCCUUAAGGAGUAUGACGAAUAUCUAGAUAAAAUAUCAAAACCUGGGUCACAGAAAGGUUCUGGGAAAUCAUCAGCCGACAAAACUCGUCAACAAAAUGAACUCCCAAAAGCAGAACCCAUGAAUACUAAAGAAAACUACGAAAUAGCAAAAAAGGAUUUACAAAUCCAAGAACUGCAAAAUAGACUUAGCAAAGUUGCCGGAGAAAAAUUAACGGACGGUAACCCAAACAUUACAGAUCUCAGUGACGUCAACAGACCGACUAAACUGGCCGAACAAUUUAGGGAGCUCUACGACAACGAAUGGACAUGCGCAUACGAAGAGUUACAGAAGGAAUCUGGGAAGAAGGACGAGGAAGAAAUAGUGAAAAAACUUGGUAAAAUAUUAAAGUUAUGCUAUGAAUUCUGUGUUCGCCAGGCCAGAGAACACAGGCAUAAGAUACGAGAAACUCUGGUGUACCCCACCGGUGUCCAGGCCACCAUCAAUGCAAACGUUGAACCAAACAUUGAAGAAAUUCUCAAACCAAAGGUUCGCCAAAUACAACGAGAAACUGGUGUCUACGCCAUUCCCGCCAUUCAAGAGAUAUUCCGUAUGGAACAUGAACGCGAUAUCAAACGAAACGAAUGGGGCGAAUCAAAAGGCAUCUCAAGCUACAUCACGAAAUGCGUACAGAUCUGUUGGCUGUUCGCAAUUCAAAAUCCGCCAAUGAAACUGAACUGGCCAAAAGAGGAGACAACGUUGGAUGAUCAUUUGGUUGAAUUCACAAAGAGGGGGACCCAUAUCAAGUUUGUUGUAUGGCCGACAUUGUAUUUACACGACAAGGGACCAUUGAUGGCAAAGGGCGUGGUUCAACCGUUAUACAGUUAUAAUUUAAUAAAAAUGUCGGAUAAGUACGAAUAUUUGAAGAAAGUGAUCGACAAACUCCAUUUCGGUAAAUAUUACGAGAGCGACUUCAGCUCGACAGACGUUGAAAUCGCCAUGAGAGAACUAAAAGCUAUAUGUCAGAGUCUACCUCUACUCUCUCCUGAUGUACAGAAAGAUAUUAUGAGAUUACUGGAGGCUGCCCAGUCCCGACAUUUGAGGGAGGUGCUGAAAUACAAGGCUGACGGAGAGGAGAAGUUCCACCAUCUACUGAAAGAGUACAACCAUUUCCUCCAGCGACAGACCUUCCUACCAGAUAUACACCGUCACGACCAAGUUCAAUCCGACGAUGUGAAAUCGAGUGAAAAUAAAACAAGUGUAAGUUUUAGUACAAUUGGGGAAGAAAUUUGGAGAGACAAUUUUGGAUCACCAGUAAAUCCAAUGGAAGCCAUUAGUCCGGACAAGAUAGCUGAGAGUUACAAGGAACUCUACCACAAUGAGUGGUCCGCCGCAUACAAGGCCUUACAGAAAACUGGAAUGAUAGUUAUGGAAGAGGAAAUAGUUAAGAAACUGAGUACAAUCUUGCAUUUGGUGUAUGAAUUGUGUCGUGAUGAAGCCAAGAAACAUCGAUCCAAAAUAAUGGAGACACUGGUUUACCCGUUAGGAGUCUCUGCGACGAUUGAUGAAGAUGGAAAUUCUCAUUUUCAACAGGCACAUGUAGAUCCCGAGACAGAUAGGAAAUUACAACCAGAGGUACAUCGGAUACAACAUGAAACUGGCGUGUACGCAGUUCCUGCGGUCCAAGAGAUCUUUUGGCACAAACAUGGAGGAGGGUUUAUGGAAACUGGAUGGGAUAAAUCGAAGGAGAUCAUGGCCUAUGUGGAGAGUUGUGUUCGAUUGUGUUGGUUAUUUUCUAUCCAGGACCCGCCCAUGAAACUAUCGUGGCCCGAGGAAGGAUCAGAAAUAAAUGAACACGUAAAAGUGUACACAAAACAUGGCAAAAGGGUCCAUUAUACCGUGUGGCCGGCGUUGUAUUUACACGAGAACGGCGCCUUGCUGUCGAAAGGUGUUGUACAGCCAUACUGAGCACUCUUUUGUAGCACGUGACAUACGAGACUCAAUUUCAUAGGUUAUCAAAGUCCAGCUUGUGUAGUACUUAAGAUAGAAGUGAGAGUCAGCAGUUGAUAUUUCAUCUGUUUGAUCCUUACACAUAUUAUGUCAUUUGUGUGGCCGUUUCGUAAUCAACACAAGGUCAAUUAAUAAAACAUUAUCAAGGU